GUUGGAGAAGGAACAUUCCCACCCACCCCCCUCGCUCCUCCUGGAGCUGGAGGAGAAGAUCAACCACUUUGAGGAGAAGACCUUGGCUCUGAAGGAGACUCUGAGGAGCUUCCAAGAUCUCCUGAUGUUUGAGCUGCCUGAAAAGGUCCAGGUGACCCUGGAUCCCACCACAGCUCAUCCCCAGCUCCUGGUCUCGGCCGACGGGAGGAGUUUGAGGUGGGAAGAAGCCCAAGAAGCCCCAUUUGACCACCCAGGAUGGGCCACCCAACCCUACGUGUUGGCCCAUCAGGGCAUCACCUCGGGGAGGUGCUGCUGGGAGGUGGAGGUGACCCCUGAAGGCUCCUGGGCCCUGGGGGUGGCCCAGGAGACCUCGAAGAGGAUGGAAGAAGCCACCACAACCCCCCCUGAGAUGGAGCUUUGGUCCCUGGGUCUCUGUGAGGGUCAGUUUUGGGCCGUCACCUCCUUCCAGACUGUCCCUUUGUCCCACCUCCAGGUCCCCAGGAGACUCAGGGUCACCUUGGACUACCAGAAAGGCUUGGUGGCUUUUUUUGAUGCUGACAAGAAGGUCUUGAUGUUCUCCUUCCCACCAGCUUCGUUCCAAGGGGAGAAGGUUCGUCCCUGGUUCCUGGUGUGGAACGAGGGGGCCCAGGUCACCUUGUGUCCCUGA